UGGGUACGCUCUGGGUAUCACCUUUUACCUCAAAUAAACAGUGUAUUUCUGCUGUUGUGGUUCUUUAACCAUCUGUCUGACUUUGUCGUUCACACAGGAGAGAGACGUGGCUAUCGUGGAUCCUCUGGGGAGGCUCAACAACAUGAUGCUGAUGAGGCAGAAAGGUCUCUCUCCAGAUCAGAACACCUUAAGAAAAACCAUCUGAGACCCACUGGGAAGAAAUCUCACUGCUGCUCUGACUGUGGGAUACGUUGCAAGUUUUCAUCAGAACUUAAAAUACACCAGCGAGUACACACAGGAGAGAAACCUUAUAGCUGUGAUCAAUGUGGGAGGAGUUUUACUCGGUCAAGCUACCUGAUAGUACAUCUGAGAAUACACACAGGAGAGAAACCUUACGACUGCUCUGACUGCGGAAAGACUUUUGUUAAUUUAAUAGAUUUCAAAUCACACCAGAGAACACACACAGGAGAGAAAUCACCAUAUAGUUGUUCUCAAUGUGGGAAGAGUUUUACUCGGUCAAGCUCCCUGAUAGUGCACCAGAGAACACACACAGGAGAGAAACCUUAUAGCUGUACUCAAUGUGGGAAGAGUUUUUAUGCAUCUUGCCAUCUGACGAGACACCAGAGAACACACACAGGAGAGAAACCUUACUACUGCUCUGACUGCGGAAAGACUUUUGUUAAUUUAAUAGAUUUAAAAUCACACCAGAGAACACACACAGGAGAGAAAUCACCAUAUAGUUGUACUCAAUGUGGGAAGAAUUUUACUCGGUCAAGCUCCCUGAUAGUGCACCAGAGAACACACACAGGAGAGAAACCUUAUAGCUGUACUCAAUGUGGGAAGAGUUUUGUUGUAUCUUGCCAUCUGACGAGACACCAGAGAACACACACAGGAGAGAAACUUUUUAGCAGGAGAUAAAUGAUAUAGCUGUGAUCAUGUGACAAGAGAUACUUUGAUAAAAGAUCUCUGAUCAAACAUCAGAAAAUACAUACAUGAGUUGUUUCAUGAUAUCAAUGAAAUAAUGUCACAAUGUAGAAUGUUUUAACAUUGUAGAAGGAGUAUUUUAAUUAAUAAUGUCACAAUGUAGAACCCUAAACAUUUCCCCCUGUUCAAUUUAUUUCAGCGUGAUAUGGAUAUUAGCCUCUGGGAAAAAUCCAGGCUAUGAAUUGAAAGAGUAUUUAUGUGAUUCAACAAAAAGUAAAAAAA